AUGACUGCCGUUGUCACAGCUUUCCAAGAACGAGUAAGGGGCCUUCUCACACAGCAGAUUGCCGAACGAGGUCAUGCACCGAGCAAAGAGCUGCUCGCAUCUUCGCUCCAGUGUUCGGUCCCGGAGAUUGAAGAUGCCCUGCUCGCCUUGCACUCGACGCAUUCUCUACUCCUCCACACCCAUAAAGUCGAGCCAUGGGUGGUGCAUCCCUUCGCGCUGUACCCGGCGUCAUGCUGGGUGCAGGUCGGCGGUCGAGGAUACUGGGCAACGUGCCUGUACUGCGCAUUUGGCAUCGCCGCUGCGCUCAAGACGGACGCUGAUAUCUUUACGCGGUUCGGAGGCGAGAGUGAACAGUGUGUCGUCAGAGUCCGAGACCAAGACGUCGUCGAGAAGGAUCUGGUCUUCCACCUUUCGACUCCGAUCCGCGAAUGGUGGGAUAAUGUCAUCCAUGCGUGCGCGUCAUUUCAACCGUUCCGGAAUGAACACGACGUCGAUGUCUGGUGUCUGCGGCAUGGAUUGCCAAAGGGUGCUGUCGUUCCUUUGCCCCAGAUGUGGCGGUUUGCAAGUGCUUGGUACGGUGAUUAUGUUUCGCAUCCCUGGCACAAGAGAUCUGCGGAAGAGAUUCGAAAUGUGUUACGCUCGAACGAUCUCGUAGGACCUUUUUGGUCUCUCGGGUAG